GACACAUGAUUUUACUGUAUGGCGUCCUCAUAUUCAGUCCAAAGUUGGAGACUUUAUCCUUUUAUGACGCUUAUAUCUUCAUAAAGACAGAGAUAUAGAGGUAAAAAGGGACAGACGGACGUAGGGAGUUCAACUUUAAAAGGGCCAGAGAGAGAGAGAGAGAGAGAGAGAGCGAGAGAGUGAUACAGGGUGAUACAGGGUGACUGAAUGAAUAUAGUCGUUGUCACACCAUAACGUAGCAGUCUUCACUGACAACAGUAGAGCGCGCAAACCACUAGCCUAAACAUGUCCGACCUGACCUACGGAGAGCAGACUAACAGGAAUAAACUGACGGAUCACAACAUGAGCGCGGAUGAACUUGUUUUCUUUGUCAAUGGAAAAAAGAUAACAGAGAAGCAUGCGGAUCCAGAGAUGACACUGCUGACAUACCUCAGGAGAAAGUUGGGUUUGACAGGUACUAAGCUGGGCUGUGCAGAGGGAGGAUGUGGAGCCUGUACUGUGAUGCUCUCCAAAUAUCAGAGGACUGUUUAACUUAACCCUCCAGUGCACCUCUCGGUGAAUGGGUGUCUGCCUCUGUGUUCUCUCCAUCAUUGUGCUGUCAAGGUGGAAGGCAUCGGCAGCGUGGCAGGGAACUGCACCCUGUACAGGGAGCGUAUCGCUAAGUCUCAUGGUUCUCAGUGUGGGUUCUGUACCCCAGGUAUCGUCAUGUCCUAUGUAUGCUCUGCUUCAGGAACCAGCCUACACCUCGCCAUGGGAACCUGUGUCGCUGUCUGGUUACAGACCAAUUCUGGAGGGGUACAAGACGUUCACCAAAGUGGCAGUAGUGAGUUCCUUCUCCAGAGCCUUGGGGAUGUCCACAUCUACGUCACAAAACAUGAGGCCAACAAUUCGGUAAGACUGAUUGGACCCUCCACCAACGUGGAACCACAGAUGAUUGGACGGGAAAGCAGAUCCUACGACAUCCUGGUCCCAGUGAUUCUCAUCUUUGACCAGGAGAUGUCCCUGUGUAAAGACCAGUCCUCUCAACAGCUGAGGUUCAGAGGAGAGAGGGUUCUGUGGCUCCAGCCAGCUUCUCUGGAUCAACUUCUAGAGCUUAAGACUCAGUACCCCAACGCCAAGAUGGUGGUUGGUAACACGGAAGUCGGUAUUGAGAUGAAGUUCAAGAACCUGUUGUAUCCUGUUAUUCUGGCCCCGGCAUACAUCCCCGAGCUCAACACCAUACAGCACACUGACGAGGGUGAUGUGCUGAAGGCAGCGUUGGUUAAACUGCCCUCCUACCAGACUGAAAGUCUUCACCGCUGUAUGGAGCAACUCCGCUGGUUCGCUGGACUGCAAGAUCCGCACGUGGCAUGCCGGAGAGAACCAGGGGGUCAGGAAGGAGGUCAGGAGGAGGUCAGAGGAGACGAGGAGAGCCAGAAGGAGCCAGGAGGAGAACAGGAGGAGACCCAGGAGACCAGGACGGAGAAACCAGGAGGAGGUCAGGAGGAGACCAGAGGAGUUUUAGAGGAGACCAGGAGGAGUUUAGGAGAUGCCAGGAGGAGGCCAGGAGGAGGACCAGGGGAGGCAGGAGGAGCCAGGAGAAGGCCAGGAAGAGGUCAGGAAGAGGUGACCUGUGUGGGCCACAUCAUAGGAGCGGUAGUAGCAGACACUCAGGCUCAUGCUCAGAGAGCAGCCAAGGCCGUGAGGAUCACCUACCAAGAACUACAGCCUGUAAUCAUCACCAUACAGGAUGCCAUUACACACCAGUCCUUCUUCCAGCCUGUUAGAACCAUCCAGAGAGGAGACCUGGACCAGGGGUUCACACAGGCUGACCACAUUCUGGAGGGUGAGAUGCAUAUGGGAGGCCAGGAACACUUCUACCUGGAGACCAACGUUACUGUAGCUGUACCUAAAGGAGAGGAUGGAGAGAUGGAGCUGUUUGUCUCUACUCAGUCUGCUUACCAAAAAACCCAGUCUCUGGUAGCUAAGGCGUUGGGUGUCCCGGCCAGUAGAGUGGUGAUCAGAGUGAAGAGGAUGGGAGGAGGAUUCGGAGGGAAGGAGAGCAGGUCCACCAUCCUGUCUACCGUGGUCGCUGUGGCCGCUCAGAAGUUGAAGAGGCCAGUGAGAUGUAUGUUGGAUAGAGAUGAAGACAUGCUGGUGACGGGAGGACGACACCCCUUCUAUGGACAUUACAAGGUAGGACAUGCCUGCACACACACACAUUCACACACACACAUGCAUACACACACACACACACACACAUUCAAACACACACAUGCAUACACACACACACACACACAAACCAUAGAAAACAACGCAAUCUAUAAGUACAGUCGAGAAGUACUACGGACACAGUUAUAUGAACUUGACAAAAAAGUGGCCAGUAGGACCCUGGGUAUCCCCAGCAGUAAGAUCCACAUCACAGAGACCAGCACCAACACUGUUCCCAACACCAGCCCUACUGCUGCCUCUGCUUCCUCCGACCUCAAUGGAGCCGCUGUGCAUAAUGCGUGUGAGAUCCUACUCCACCGUCUAGAACCCUACAAGACCAAGAAUCCCAAAGGAUGCUGGGAGGAAUGGGUGAACUCUGCCUACUUUGACCGGGUCAGUCUGUCUGCCAAUGGAUUCUACAAGACUCCAGACCUUGGUUAUGACUUUGAGACCAACACAGGUCGCCCGUUCAACUACUUCAGUUACGGAGUGGCCUGCUCUGAGGUGGAGAUAGACUGUCUGACCGGCAGCCACAAGAACAUUCAUACGUCCAUCGUCAUAGAUGUGGGGAAUAGUCUGAACCCAGCUCUGGACAUAGGGCAAGUAGAGGGGGGAUUUAUGCAGGGUGUGGGUCUGUACACCCUGGAGGAGCUGAAGUAUUCUCCUGAGGGAUACCUGUUCACGCGCGGACCAGGCAUGUACAAGAUCCCCGCCUUUGGAGACAUCCCCACUGACCUCACAGUGUCUCUGCUCCGAGACGCACCCAACGACAAGGCCAUCUUCUCCUCCAAGGCGGUAGGUGAGCCUCCUCUCUUCCUUGCGGCCUCAGUGUUUUUUGCCAUCAAAGAUGCCGUCACCGCUGCCAGGAAGGAGUCAGGCCUUAGUGGGCCCUUCAGAUUCGACAGCCCGGCCACACCUGAGAGGAUACGCAACGCCUGCGAGGACCGCUUCACCAAACUGUGCCCCCCUGCAGAGCCAGGCACCUUCACUCCAUGGGCUGUCGUAGUGUAAGACGAACAGCACUACAGAGAGAAGACGUGCAGACAAGAGGAGAGAGAGAGG